AUGUCUCUUGCAAAGAACAGCAACCUAGACUCCAAGCGCAGACGGUUCCAACCGCCUAUUACAACUUUCUUCUCCCCUGUGUCCGACUCGAAUGGCACAGACGCUGCAUGCACCCCCCAUCUUUCUCACAACCACUAUGCCGCCGUUACCCAUUCUGCCACCCCCGUUCUCCCCGCCAGAAUCCAGUCCUCUCUCCUCUCCGUCGGCAUGCGCGUCCGCAAAUCAAUCGCUGAAGGCUACAAGACGAAGGGUGUGAAGAUGUUCGAUGCACCUACCAGUACCAUCACCCUCUCCACAAAGCAGGAACAUUCCACCGGUAGAGGCUGCCCCACCAUCCGCGCGGAACUGGAUCCUUUCUGCGGUCUCUCCAAAUCAGGCGACUACACCAUCAAACCUCACUCUGAUCCGGCCUAUCGGCUGUCCCACACAGGGGACCAUAACGUCGACAUCGUCACCGACGAUGGUGAUGCCUUCUCGCUUCCUCCCAGCAGUCAGGAGUCUGUUUACUCGGCCAACAAUAGCCAUAAACGAUCCUAUGUCCCUGAUGAUGUGGAUGAAUACGCCAGUGACUUUGAGCAUAUCAUGUUCGCGACUCCAGACCCCGUAUCUGGUCGAACCAUCCUCUGUCCGAGCCUGAAACACCAACGGCGACGAUUCGUUGCGUUACAAAACCAAGCCAAGAGCACAGUUCAACAGAGGACUAUGGAAGUCGAUGAUUUCGAAGAGCCAUUGUUCCUUCGUAGGCGGGAAGAGGUUGAUAACGAUUACGUGCCUGGUCGAAUUGGUGGUUAUGAGGUUGAAAUGGGAGGGGCAUGA